GUCAUCUUCUCGCCGGUACCGGCUAACCUGCACUGUGUUCUCCCCGCACCGUCUACUCCGCUCCGCAGUUGUUUUCAUACAAUAAGAGAAGGCAUCUAGAACUGCCAUCUUUAAACAGUUUCUUUUAUACUUCAAUCCUGCUGUAUAUCAUAUCUUCCUAGUCUACCUGCGAAGAUGGCUGGUGAACGUAUAGCCUUUAUUGGCCUCGGGAACAUCGGACGGGGAAUGAGCAAGAACAUCGCUCAAAAAGGCCCCCAGUCCUCUCUGACCCUCUACAACCGCACCGUGGCCAAAGCCUCCGCAUUCGCCGAAUCCCUCGGCUCAACCAAAGCCCCCGUCACCGUCGCCUCCAGCAUCCCCGAAGCCGUCAAGGACGCCUCCAUCAUCUUCAUCUGCGUCGGUGACGAUCCCGCCCUCGACCAGAUCAUCACCACCAUCCUGUCUGACUCCUCCCUCGAUCUCACCUCCAAGGUCGUCGUCGACUGCUCAACCCUGGUCGUCGUGCCCGCCGGCGAUGCAGCCGCCAUCAACCGCAUCAGGCCGUUCUUCGAAGGUGUCACCGCCCGCGCCACAAUCGACAUGAGCGGCCACGACGUCGGCCGCGCCAGCACCCUCAAGGUCCUGGGCAACACGCUCAUCCUCAACACGGUCGAGUCGAUUGCCGAGGGGCUCGUGGCGGCGGAGAAGUCCGGGCUCGGGGCCGAUGUCUACCAGCAGUGGAUGCAUGCGCUGGUUGGGGGCAUGUUCGCGAAAUACGCGGACCGGAUGUGUACGGGCGACUACUACAAGCGUGAGGAGCCGCUCUUCGCAGUGGACUUGGCGCGGAAGGACCUGCGGCAUGCAGCUAGCUUGGCUGGUGCGGCUGGUAUGCGGCUGCGUAGUGUUGAGGUCACGGAUUCGUAUCUGCAGGAGGUCAAGGCCGAGAAGGGGGAGAAAGGGGAUAUCGCGGCUGUCUAUGGAGCUAUUCGGAAGGAGUCCGGGCUGCCGUUUGAGAAUGGGCAGUGAGCUUUAGGAAUAUACGGACUACAGAUCAGGAUUACGGAGCCUACAAUCGAGUUGAAUGAUGAAAGUUUUCGUUCUAUUUAGA